CUUGUAUCUCUUCGAGUGUCUUACUAAAUUAACAGUUGUGUUAAUUGAAUUACCGGAAAAAUAGCAGAGUUGAUCGAUAGUAGUACCUGCGAAAAUGUCUUCAGAAAAUUCUAGCGGUCUCUUUUACAUGGGGAAGAUUAUCAAUUUCAAGGUUCCCAGUUCCAUGUUUCUUCAAAAAGAUCCUUGGGAACAGCGCGAAAUUCUCACGAAAAAUCCCGAAUACGAUGAGAACGACAUUCUGACGAUGUGUACAUUUUACUUUACGCGAGGAACAAAUAACCUCGAAAAAAUAAUGAGAACGAGCAACGAGAGUGACCGGCGAGUCUUGGAUAAAUUAAUCAAGAGAUAUUCUUUAGUAUCUAAAGGGUAUCAUGCAACAACGAUGAAUUUAUCGAGGAUCGCUAAAUAUUUUCCAGAACAAUCGGUCUUAUGUUUGGAUAAAAUGCCGGCUGGAGACGUGCGUAGACCAAUAUCAUUGGUUGAAAUGGGCGAAUUGCUAGGAGUUUCCUCUUUUCCCCAAACUCUAACGACCACUACAAUACUGAGCAUCAUUCCUCAUGAUGAGAAUCUCAUACAUCCUGUUGAUGCAAACAAAAUUUACAUGAUUGUAUUGGCCUAUGCGGCGCAGGAAACGCCUGUAAUAAACCCUGCAAUGGCUUCGAAAAGUUUUUCUGAACGCUUUUAUUACAAUCGUACUUUUGCUGUGGCUUUAUACAAAAGCAAAUUGUUCACGGAUGAAGAAAGAUUCGAAAUUGCGAGCAAGAUUAAGGGAGUUUUCUACGUUGAAAAUGGUUCGUUGAGGCUUCUAGAUCAUAUAAAUAAAGUUUAUGACUGUUGCAUGUCCUAUUUAAAGGCUAAACAUGUCGUAGUCUUCGUGCCAAUUACUAAUUAUAGCAGAUGUAAAUGUUAAUUGAUAUAUGAAUUAAUAUAUGUAGAUAUACAUAUAAGAUUUGUAUUUUAU